UGCCAUUGUAUGUAAAAACAAGAACAGCUGAUAGGAAAGUAAAUUAGAGAUAUGGCUUUCAAGUUAUCAGAACGUUAAAUACAUUCGUCGAUACGAGUCAAGUAAUAUGUUAUUUCUUUUCGGAGUGGUUAUAAUUUUGAUAAUACUUUUAAGAAUUGGGAAUGGAGGUGAUUCAUUUUGGAAACAUAUAAUGGCUAUACCAGGACCUAGAGGAUUACCAAUAAUAGGGACUGCAUAUUAUUUUGAUUCUUCGGAAGAAGUGUUCAAUAGGGAAAGGCGCUUGAUGAAGGAGUACUAUCCGAUAUACAAGAGAUAUGCAUUCAAUACCGCUCUUGUGAAUAUAAUACAACCGGACGAUAUACAUAUGGUACUAAGUAAUUCUAAACAAAACGGUAAAAGUAAAUUUUAUGAAUUGCUACAAGAUUGGAUUGGAUUGGGAAUUUUGACUAGUAAAGAUGAAAUGUGGCACAAGAGAAGAAAGCUGCUAACGCCAGCAUUUCACUUCAAAAUAUUAGAAAAAUUUUUAGAAACAUUUAAUAAGGAAACUGGAGAAUUGGUAGAUUACAUAAAGAAGGAAUGCCAUAGACCUUAUAUUGAUGUUGUGAAACCAGUAACAAAUUUUACUUUGAUGUCUAUUGGAGAAUCAUCUUUUGGAAAAGAUCUACGCAACGAACCAGAUUGUGAUCAAUAUUUACAAGCUGUUCAUGACUAUGGAGAACAUUUUAUUCAUCGAUUAAGUCGCCCUUGGCUAUUCGUACCUUUCUUAUACAAUUUAACUUCACUUAAAAAUGAACACGAUAAGACUUUGAAAAUAUUACAUAAUUUUUCUGAAAAGUUGAUAAAGGAGCGAGAAAAGAAUUAUCAAAACAAAAACUUAGACGAUAUUAACAAAAAACAUCUUAUUUUAUUGGAUCUCAUGCUAGAAGCAAAGUAUAAUGGGGCUCAGAUUGAUGAUGGAGGCAUUAAAGACGAAGUUAAUGGAUUCGUCUUUGGUGGCCAUGAUACAACUGGCGUUGGUCUCUGUCACUGUCUACUGCUUUUGGCCAACGAACCAAAUAUACAGGAAGAAAUUUAUCAAGAGAUCGUGUCGAUUUGUCAAAAUCCAAACAGUCCGACAUUAUCAAAUUUUGCAGACAUGAGAUUUUUAGAUAGAUGUGUAAAAGAAUGUUUGAGGAUAUUUCCUAGUAUUCCAGCUAUUUCUCGAUUACUAGGAGAGGAAAUAAAAACCAAAUCUGGAUUUACAAUACCAAAAGGUGCGAAUGUACGUAUAUUAAUAUUCGAUCUUCACCGGGACUCUAAUAUUUGGGAGCGUGCGGAAUCAUUCGAUCCAGACAGAUUUUUACCUGAAAAUGUUGCCAAAAGGCAUCCCUACUCUUACAUACCCUUCAGUGCCGGAAGUAGAAAUUGCAUAGGUCAAAAAUAUGCGACAAUAGAACUGAAAGCUGCGUUGUGUGGAAUUAUAAAGAACUUUAAAAUGAUAGCUAUCACCAAACCCGAUGAGAUGAGGCACAAAGCAGACAUUGUAUUGAGACCAGCAUGUGAAAUUCGAAUAAAAUUCGUACCCAGGAUGUGAACAAUAAAAAAAAUUUUUGUAACAAAAUAAAAACUUAAAAACA